CGUCAACGCCAAACCCACGCACGAUCACUUCUUCGUAUGGAGAGAGUUCUUGUGGGGAGGUAUUGCCGGUGCGUUUGGAGAAGGAAUGAUGCAUCCUGUAGAUACCCUUAAAACCCGUCUUCAAAGUCAAGCUAUUGUUUCUGCAACUCAGAGCCAAAAGGGCAUUAUGCAAAUGGUCCGGAGUGUCUGGGCUGCCGAUGGUUUAAGAGGCUUUUAUAGGGGAAUUGCUCCUGGAAUCGCUGGAUCUCUUGCCACUGGAGCGACCUACUUUGGUUUUAUUGAGUCCACCAAGAUAUGGAUCGAAGAGUCUCAUCCCAGUCUAGGAGGUCACUGGGCACAUUUUAUAGCAGGAGCUAUUGGUGAUACACUUGGUUCUUUUGUAUAUGUUCCUUGUGAAGUAAUAAAACAACGGAUGCAAAUUCAAGGCACAAAAACUUCCUGGAGCUCUUAUAUUACGAAGAACAGCCUUCCGGUGAAAUCAAGUGGUCAAAUGUAUGGUUAUUAUACUGGAAUGUUCCAGGCUGGAUAUUCAAUAUGGAAAGGGCAAGGGAUAAAAGGGCUGUAUGCUGGAUAUGGGUCUACACUAGCAAGGGAUGUUCCUUUUGCUGGUCUUAUGGUAAUGUUCUACGAAGCACUAAAGGAUUUAACAGAGCAGGGGAAGAAAAAGUGGAAUGCGGAUUCACAGUAUCGAGUCAAUAGUUCUGUUGAGGGGCUUGUAUUGGGAGGAUUAGCUGGUGGACUAAGUGCUUAUCUCACAACUCCACUGGAUGUCGUGAAAACAAGGCUGCAAGUGCAAGGAUCGGCUAUCAGGUACGAUGGCUGGUCGGACGCAAUCUGGAAGAUAUGGAUGAAUGAAGGGGCAAAGGGGUUUUUCAAGGGAAGCGUCCCGAGGGUGAUGUGGUAUAUACCGGCCUCUGCACUUACUUUCAUGGCAGUAGAAUUCCUCAGGGAGAAUUUCAACAAAAAGUUUGAUACUGAGAAAAGUGGUAGCUUGUCAAUAGAGGCAAAGAGAUCUUCAGUACAUGAGGUUAGUGAACAUUAAAAAAAAAGAUGUAUUGUAUCACUCUUCAUCAUAGAGACAGAGCACAUUCAUGGCCAUGGGGUUAAAUAUUGAAUAUCUCGUUCACA